CUGUGAGGACACAAACAAUCAGGCGACGCAAGUGAGACAAAGGUUUGCGCCAGUUGUCUCCCCCCAUUAGUUCCUCCUGCUGUCUGACGACUGUAGACGUGUUACACUCUCUCCUCAACAUGGACGUGCUGGGACUCGUCGAUGUUCCUGUGUGGCUGAUGUUGCUCAUCAUACUAGUGCUGACACUCUAUGUGUGCACGACAUGGAACCACGGCAUGUUUACGAGCCUGGGAAUACCUGGCCCCAAACCUGUACCAUUCUUGGGAAAUGCAACGGACUUCGUGAAGAAGAGUUUUAUUUAUACACUACUAGAUUGGAGAAAACAAUAUGGUCACGUGUUUGGAAUCUUCUUCGUAUCUAAGCCCAUGCUUGUUGUCAGUGAUCUUGACAUAGUGAAAGAAAUACUGGUCAAGGACUUCAACAACUUUGUGGACAGAUUCUUUGUAGCUGACAUCUUCCCGACGAUAGUAAGCAAGGGACUAUUUUUCACCGGAGGUUCAGCGUGGAAGCGUCUUCGUAGGCUAAUGACACCUACGUUUACUGCCGGCAAGUUGAAGAAUAUGAGUCAUUUCAUGGACCGAUGUGCUAAAAUUCUGAAGGACAAUCUCCGGGAAAAAACGAAUCACAAAGAAUUGAUUGACACCAAGGAUGUCUUUGGCGCCUUCACCAUGGACGUGAUCACGGGGACGGCAUUCGGACUGGAGACCAACUCCCAGACACAACCGGCCGAGCCCUUCGUCCAAAGCAUGAAGAACAUGUUCUACAAAUUGUCAGGAAGCAGAAACCUAUGGCUCACAUUCGUAGGAAUGUUCCCGUUUAUGAGUCAACUCAUAAGGAUGCUGGGCAAAGGCGUAUUAUCGGGAGAAGAGUCUGACUUUCUCGUCCACUCCGUGUACAGGAUGGUCGACGAAAGACGACAAACAAUAGGUGACGAAAAGCGCACAGACUUCCUACAGCUGCUAGUCAAUGCCGAGGACACUGGGUUGGACGUCGGUCAGAAACGUAUGACGAGGGAGGAGGUUGCGGGUCAAGGCUUUGUCAUCCUGAUCGCCGGGUACGAAGACAACGGCACCACCCUGCAGUACCUGACCUACAACCUGGCCAAGAACCAGGACGUUCAGCAGCGAGUGUACGAGGAGAUGAGAGACGAGCUGGGCGAUGAGGACCCCACCUACGACAACGUGGGCAGACUGAAGUACCUGGACAACGUCAUCCAAGAGACACUGCGGGUCUUCCCACCUGUGCCAUUGAUCACCAGAAAAGCAUUGGAGUCAAGAACCAUUAAAGGAGUGACCAUUCCCGCCGGUAUGGGAGUAGGUAUUCCCAUCUACAGCAUCAUGCAUGACCCUGAUUACUUCGACGACCCAGAGGAAUUCCGGCCUGAAAGGUUUAGUGAGCUAAAAAGCUCCAAGCUACCCAGCAUUCUCCUGGAGCUGCCCUUUGGCUACGGUCCACGUCAGUGUAUCGGCAUGCGUCUGGCGCUUCUGGAAAUCAAGCUCGCUGCCGUGCGCAUCCUGCGUCACUUCCGGUUUCUUCCGUGUGAAGACACGCCGGACAAGAUCGAAUUUGGGACAUCUGGACUCACUUCACCUACGAAACCUAUCAAGCUGAGAACCGAACUCCGUGAGUGA